CACAUAUGUAGAGUUCCAAGUGGAGGGACAUUAUUAAUGCUCCAACAGUAUGUCUUCAUGAACCACUUCCCUUUGUUUACACAUUAUUUUGAACAGCUUUCCCCUCCCUCUCUCUAGACUUGUAGUAUUUCCUACAUUCACAUGCUCUGUUACUUGAAAAAUAUUCACCCAUUCUUCUUCUUAAAAAAUAGUACUAGAACUAGUAUUAGAAUUCACUCAUUCUUCUCCCUAGCCUUUUCUGAUACUUGAUUUUCCCAUGAAAAGUUGUAAAGUUGUUGUUGGGUUUUUCAUCCCUUGUUUCUGUCUCAUCUAUUUAUCAACUGCUUUCUCUCCACAAGAUAACUACUUGAUUAACUGUGGUUGGAAUACAGAUGUCAUAGUUGAUAACAGACGCUUCCUUGGCGACUCUAAUUUAGUUUAUACCUCUCAAGGUAAGUCUAUUUUUCAAGAAAAUACAAACCCAUCUUCCAAUUUGUCUUUCCUUUAUAGUAGUGCUAGGGUUUUCAAUGAUGCUUCAAAGUAUGUGUUUAAUAUAAACAAGAUUGGGACCCAUUUUUUGCGUCUUCACUUCUCUCCCUUGAAUGCUCAGAAUUAUGAUCUCAGGAAAGCAAGUUUCAGUUUUUCUGCGAAUGGGAUUAUGCUUUUUAGUAAUUUUACUACUAGUAGUGUUGUGGUUAGAGAGUUCAUAUUGAUGGUGGAUGAUUUUGAACUUAAAAUUGAGUUCACGCCCACUACUUCUGAAUCCAAUUUUGCUUUUGUGAAUGCAAUUGAAGUGUUUUCAGCGCCUGAUGAUUUCAUAAUUGGUGACGGAGCUAAAUCAGUUGGUCCUAAGGGAAUUCUGGAGUUCAAUCAGAAUAUGACCUUACAAACAUUAGAAACUGUUCAUAGGAUCAAUGUCGGAGGGUUAAAGUUAACACCUUUUAAUGAUACUCUUUGGAGAAGUUGGAUUCCAGAUGAAGAUUUUCUGCUCUUGAAAAAUGCUGCUAAAACUGUAAGAACCUCUCAUGUUCCCAAGUACCAAAAGGGUGGUGCUACAAGGGAAAUUGCUCCUGAUAAUGUUUAUAUGACAGCACAGCAGAUGAAUAGGGAUAAUGUAACUACAGAUUUCAUAUUCAAUAUCACAUGGAACUUUCCUGUCAGUAUUAAAGAUGCUUCCCACUUUGUUCGCUUGCAUUUCUGUGAUAUUGUUAGUCUGUCACCUGGACAGUUGUACUUUAAUGUAUAUCUCAACGGCGUCACAGCAUACAAAGACCUUGAUUUGUCUUCGGUUACAUUCCGUGAGCUUGCUACACCGUAUUAUAUAGAUUUUGUGGUAUACUCAGGCAGUUCAGGCGUUGUGCAAGUAAGCAUCGAUCCUUCUAACCUAAGUAGUACAAUGAGGAAGAAUGCCAUUCUGAAUGGUGUUGAGAUUAUGAAAAUGGUAAAUUUUGUGGCUUCCCAGACCGGUUCUAACAAGAGAAAUGUUUGGGUUAUAGUGAGUUCUGUUCUGGGAAGUUUUGUUCUGCUGACUGUGGUAAUGAUUCUUGCUGCCUUGCUAUUCUUUGUCUGCAGAAAGAAAAAGCUAAAACCGAAGCCCUCAGAAAGUGCUGGCUGGACGCCUUUACGUCAAUAUGGAAGUAGUUCCCAUGGUACAUUGUCUGAUGGGACUUCACCUGGACCAAAUGGAUAUCUAGGCCAGAGGAUACCCUUUGCCGAAAUACAAUUGGCUACUAAUAAUUUUGAUAAGAGUUUGAUAGUCGGUUCUGGUGGCUUUGGGAUGGUAUACAAAGGUAUACUUGGAGACAACAGAAAGGUUGCUAUAAAGAGAGGUGUGCCAGGUUCCAGGCAGGGCCUGCCUGAAUUUCAUACUGAAAUCACUGUUCUUUCCAAGAUUCGCCACCACCAUCUUGUUUCACUUGUAGGCUAUUGUGAAGAACAGUCUGAGAUGAUACUUGUUUAUGAGUAUAUGGAGAAGGGACCUCUUAAGAGGCAUUUGUAUGGUCCAGGAAUAUCACCCUUAUCUUGGAAGAAAAGGCUUGAGAUAUGCAUAGGUGCAGCAAGAGGUCUCCACUACCUUCACACAGGUUUCGCUCAAGGAAUCAUCCAUCGUGACAUCAAGUCAACUAACAUUCUUCUUGAUGAAAAUUGUGUUGCUAAGGUUGCUGAUUUCGGUCUCUCAAGGACAGGCCCAUGUCUUAAUGAGACCCAUGUCAGCACUGGUGUAAAAGGAAGUUUUGGCUACCUUGAUCCGGAAUAUUUUCGGAGGCAGCAGCUUACUGAUAAGUCGGAUGUUUACUCAUUCGGAGUUGUUCUAUUUGAAGUCUUAUGUGCUAGACCUGCCAUUGAUCCUCUGCUUUCACGAGAGCAAGUGAAUUUGGCUGAAUGGGCUAUGCAGUGGCAGAAGGACGGACAGCUAGACAAGAUUGUUGAUCCCCAUAUCAGAGGCCAAAUAAAGCUUAGCUGUUUGAGGAAGUUCGGGGAGACUGCCGAGAAAUGUUUGGCUGAUUAUGGAAUUGAUAGGCCAACAAUGGGUGACGUACUGUGGAACUUGGAAUAUGCAUUCCAGCUUCAAGAAUCUGGAACAAUUGGAGAAGUGCCUGAGAUUUCCAAUGAGCUUCCAGCGCCUGUGCCAGAGGGUCUCCACAAUGAGGCGUAUAAUGGUGAUGGGGCUUCAGAUAUAUCCACAAGCAAGGUAUUUUCACAAUUGAUGACUAAUGAAGGAAGAUAACUAGUCUACAGUAUAGUGCACCGUCAAAUCAUUGCUCCACAAUUUACAGAAAUGUGCUUGCGUACCAAAUCCAUCAGAGUCUGUUCAUGCUGGCUACAACCUCAAAUCACAUAAUGCCUAUCAAAAUAAGAGUCCUACUGCUCAUCCGGUGUCUAAGGUGUAUCUUGUACCUAAAGUGCAGUACACUGAACACCAACCCAAAUUCCCUACCCUCAACAUGACCACCUUUGUUUGAUAGUCAGUUUCUAUGCUUUUGGAUGGUUUAAGCUGAACAUUUCAUUCUUCUAAAGAGGGGAUACCAGCUCCAGACUAUACCUAGAUGGAAAGCUGGGUUGAAUGUUAGAGUGAGUACUUGAAACAGACGACUAUAGCAUGUAAAUGUUUCAUGUUUCCCAUCAACCUUUUUCUUUUUUACCAAUAUGGCAACUGUACUCUCGGAUCAUGCAUCAAAGGAUUGGAGUUUAGGAUUGAGCAAUUCAACAGAUAUAGCCUUUUAACUUCAUUGUACUUGAAAUGUGUAGUUGAAUGCCCAACUUAUAGUAAUUGACCACCAAAGUCAUUCAACUUUGUUUAGCUAGCCUCCAUGGCC